ACGUGGUAGUAAUUUUGGCACCCUCCACUAUUGGGUAUUGGUACAAACACGUUUUUUCCACUUUUGUUACUGAAGUCCACGAUCUUCGCACUUGAACGUUUUAAACGAACUGGAAGACUUUUCAAAUCACUUUAGAUCUGGAGCAUCCUUCAUCAUAGAUAACCGAAUAUGAGGAUCUCUGAGAAGUUGAAUCAGGCGUAUUCGUCGUCAAAUCCUCCUCCUGCUACUUUUUCUUUUGAAUUUUUUGUACCCAAAACCUCUCAAGGUGUGCAAAAUCUUUACGACAGAAUGGAUAGAAUGUACGAGUUGAACCCAAUUUUUAUUGAUAUCACUUGGAACGCUGGAGGUAGAUCUUCAUCCUUAACCAACGAGAUGGUGUACACCGCUCAAUCAGCUUUGGGCUUAGAAACCUGUAUGCACUUGACUUGUACAAACAUGUCAGUGUCUCUUAUUGAUGAAGCUUUAGAAAGAGCUAAAAAGUCCGGAUGUCAGAACAUUUUGGCUUUAAGAGGUGAUCCCCCAUUGGAUGGCACUGAAUCUACUGGUGACUUUAAGUAUGCCAAAGACUUGAUUCUCUACAUUCGUAAGAACUACGGUAACUACUUCAAUAUUGGUGUUGCAGCUUAUCCAGAAGGACAUCCGGAAGAGUCCGAUCUUGAUUUGACCGUUAAGUACUUAAAAGACAAGUGUGAUGCUGGAGCUGACUUCAUUAUUACACAGAUGUUUUACGAUACUGACAACUUUAUCGAAUGGUGCUCAAAAGUUAGAAAGAUUGGGGUUGAUAUACCAAUUAUUCCGGGUAUCAUGCCUAUUUCUACUUAUGCUGCUUUCAUGAGAAGAGCUAAAUGGUCUGAAAUCAAGGUUCCUAAACAUUUUUUGGAUGUUUUAGAACCCAUCAAAGAUGAUGAUUUCUUGGUCAGAGAAAAAGGUACUGAGUUGGUUAGUCAAAUGUGUACCAAGUUGCUUGAAUCUGGUUACGUUAAGCAUUUACACUUCUACACCAUGAACUUGGAAAGAUCAACCAUUAUGUGUUUGGAGAACUUGGGAUUAAUUGACCAAGUGAAGAGCCAUGAUACUAUUGGAGGUGCCAUUUUGCCUUGGAGAAAAUCAUUGAAUCCUUCAAGACAGAAAGAAACCAUUCGUCCGAUUUUUUGGCAAAAUAGAAAGCACUCCUACAUCUCGCGUACUUCCACUUGGGAUGAGUUUCCUAAUGGUAGAUGGGGUGAUUCUAGUUCUCCUGCUUUUGGUGAUAUCGAUUUGAAUGCUGCUGAUUUAUUAAGACAAUCACCUAAAAGAGCAUUUGAAUUAUGGGGCCACCCUCAAUCUUUGAAAGAGUUUGCAGACUUGACUAUUUCUUACUUGAGAGGUCAAUUGAAAUCGAUGCCAUGGUCUGAUGGAUCGAUUAGCGAAGAUACUUCUGUUAUCGCUGAAGAUUUGGUGAAGUUGAAUCAGAAUGGGUUCAUUACCAUCAAUUCUCAGCCUCCUUUGAACGCUACCAGAUCUAAUGAUAAGGUGUUUGGGUGGGGUCCGAAGAAUGGGUACGUUUUCCAAAAGCAAUACUUGGAAUUCUUCUGUCAUAAAUCAGUGAUUUCAAAACUCCUUGACCAAGUAGACAUUUUCAAUAAGAGCAGUGGUGAUAACUCCAGAGUGUUGACUUACUACGUUGUCGACAAGACUGGUGAGUUGAUUACUAACACCAAUGAUGAAGAUAUCAAUGCUGUUACUUGGGGUGUUUUUCCAGGUGAAGAAAUUGUUCAACCCACUAUUGUCGAGAGAAACUCAUUCUUGGCUUGGAAGGAUGAAGCAUACAGUUUAAUCACUGAAUGGGUUAGAAUCUUCGAGAGUAAUUUGGCAAAGGAUUUCCUUAAGGGCAAAGAAGCUCAAGUACAAACAUCAAUUGAAUUUUUCAAGAGCUUUGAAACUGAUUUUGUGUUGUGCAACAUUGUCAACAAUAACUUUACUGAUGAUGCCAAAGAGCUUUUUGGUGUCUUUGAAGGACUACAAUUCCAAUAAUUAAAUUUAACAAAACUGUCGCAGGACAUCAGGCACUCAACAUGCCAAAAGAGCGGUUCAUUUCAACAUAAGAACCGUGAUUAUUAUUUCAUGAUUUACGACUCAUGGGUUUUUUUUUGCAUUUUUUUUACAAAAAAAUAUUUCAUUUCAACAAUUAUAUUCCGUUUAUCAAGCAGUUUCCAAAAUUCUAUGAUGGUCAUCUGUGGUUUUAUCCUCCUGUGUAUAGUGCAUCCUCAACGGUAUGGUUUCUAGGUUCCAAUAUAUAAGAUUACUCUAA